GUGGAGGGGCCGGGCCGGGAGCCCCGCGCUCUGCCGGCGCUGCGGGGGUUGGGACGGGCUCGGUGGAGCGAAGGGAGCCGUUGUGAGAGGCGCGGCGGCCGCCCGCCCGGCUGCGCUCCCUGGCCGUCCCGGCUCUCUCUGACGCUCCCCUCCGCCGUGAGGGCGCCCGGUCACUUCGCCGCUCUCCCCGCUGGGAUUCCGGGGGUCGCCGCUCUCCCGGACGUCCGCCAGGACCACCCAGGGGUCGCGGGGGGCUCUCCCCGCCAUGGCCUUCACCUUCGCCGCCUUUUGCUACAUGCUGUCGCUGGUCCUCUGCGCCGCCCUCAUCUUCUUCGCCAUCUGGCAUAUAAUCGCCUUUGAUGAACUUCGGACAGACUUCAAAAGCCCAAUAGAUCAGUGCAACCCAGUCCACGCAAGAGAGCGUCUGAGAAAUAUUGAACGUAUUUGCUUUCUCCUGCGAAAGCUGGUGUUGCCGGAAUACUCUAUCCAUAGUCUUUUCUGCAUAAUGUUUUUGUGCGCUCAAGAGUGGCUCACACUGGGUUUAAAUGUUCCUUUGCUUUUUUAUCAUUUCUGGAGGUAUUUUCGUUGCCCAGCAGAUAGUUCAGAGCUAGCAUAUGACCCACCUGCAGUCAUGAAUGCAGAUACCUUGAGUUACUGUCAAAAAGAGGCCUGGUGUAAGCUAGCUUUCUAUCUUCUUUCCUUCUUCUACUAUCUGUACUGCAUGAUCUACACUUUGGUGAGCUCUUAACUGAAAGAUCAUCAUUAAAGACUGAAAACAACAAAGACUGGAGGUGCAAGGACGAGUGAGCCAAGUGAAGCAUGAUUAAAAAUAAAAAAGCAAGGAAAGGAAAACUUUGAACCCAAGAAGUAAAUAGAGUACAUGAAGUAUGUGAAAAAGAGACCCAGCAAGAAGCAGCAGAAUACCAUGGGAGAAUGGCUGAGUUAACUGUGUUUAUCUCCUGUUUCUCAGUGUGUUGCAGUAAAUGACUUUCAAAACACCCCCAAAAAAAACAAACGAAAGGGCAACAAGGUGGGCACACAACUAUUCACCUCUCCAGGGAUAAUGCUGCUUUCUUUAGUGGAUUCAUUAUAAACUAUAGUCCCUAUGUCUUCCAGGGAGCAAAGUUUCUUUUCUUAAUGACUGUUCUGAACUGGGGAAGCAGAGGGCAAGAUCAUCUUACACAGAAGGAACAGCUAUGCAACACAUUCUGAAAAUGAGCACUGACUGGAGUUCAGAUAUGAUGUGUGACUGUUCUGCAGGGAUGUUCACAUGUCACUAAUCAAACAGGGAUGUUGGAUCUUGUGGAAUUGCUUCAGUGGGUUUUUUUCCACCCAUAACAACAAUAACAAAAGAAUUUGCAGUUGCAGUGUUCUGUUUUCUAAUGAUACACUAUUGCUGUAAGUGAACAUCCAGUAUAUUUCUGUACUUCAUUUGUGAUGCACCAAUAACAUACAGUGACAUGUAUAAAUACAUUGGGUUUGCCAGGCACUUACCUCUUUUUGCAGUCAGAGGAACCCUAUUCUGUAAAAGCUACAUAUAUUAAGGAGGAUUGUAACAUAGGUAUUAUAUUUAUCACAAUGCUGGGUAACAAAGUACUGGACCAUGGUCUGUAAUUCUGUUUUGCAGCUUUAUUUCUGCUGUCAAAUUUAAGCUGGAACAAAUAUACAAAAUGUUUUUGUCUUGUAUGAGGUUUGUGUUGAAAGAUGUUCAGGUUUUUAUAAUUUAAAAGUUUUUAAAUUUUAUCAUAUAAUUAUAAUUUAAAUUCAUAUAUGUGGGCUGUAUAACUUGAUGUAUAUUUGCAUAUACAUAUAUAUAAAAACAUAAAUAUUCACAAUCUAUUUAUAUUUUAGCUUAAUCUGUUUGACAG